AUGGAUUUCGUCACUGGAUACAAACACCCAAAGCCAGGCCAGGAUCUAUCCCGUCGCUUUGUGAUGACCGAAAAGAAAUGGCUUGUAAGGUUCAUUUUUCUUGAAAGCGUGGCGGGUGUUCCUGGAAUGGUCGGUGGCAUGUUGCGACAUCUACGCAGUCUUCGACGAAUGAAACGCGACAACGGAUGGAUCGAAACACUGCUAGAGGAGUCAUUCAACGAACGCAUGCAUCUCCUCACUUUCCUUAAACUCAGCGAACCAGGCUGGUUUAUGAAAUUGAUGGUUAUCGGCGCCCAAGGUGUAUUCUUCAACGGAUUUACCCUUUCCUACAUGAUGUCUCCCCGAAUCUGCCACUGGUUCGUGGGGUACCUUGAAGAAGAAGCUGUCAUCACAUACACCCGAGCUAUUGAAGAGAUCGAAGCAGGUAAACUUCCAGGAUGGGAUCAUGUCACCGCGCCCGAUAUUGCAGUACAAUACUGGAAGAUGCCGGAAGGUCAACGCUCCAUGCGGGAUCUUAUCAUGUAUAUUCGGGCCGACGAAGCCAAGCACCGUGAGGUGAACCACACUUUGUCGAACUUGAACCAAGCGACCGACCCGAAUCCCUAUCAGAUUGAAUAUAGCGAUCCUAGCAAACCGCACCCUACAAAGUCGCUUCAAAAUCUGAGAGGUACUGGCUGGGAAAGGAGCUCGGUGUCCAAAUAA